UGAAAAACAAAAAGAAUUUAAAAAUGAUAAAGAAAAUAAUAAUAAUGAAGAGGAAGAAGAAGAAGCGGAGGAGGAUGAUGAUUGGCCGGCAAUGCCGAUGUUUAAAUCUAACUUGAGGAAACCUGUAAAUUUAAAAUCAAAAGUUGAAGAUGGAGGAAAUAAAAAAGAAGAAAAUAAUUAUUUAAAUAAUUCGUUAAAUCUGAGAAAUAAUUUAACUGAAAAUAUUUCUACAAUAUUCAAUUCAAUUGACGAAAAUAACAAUUUAACUGUUCCUAAAUUAAAUAAUGAACAAAAAAGUACUACGAAUAAAGAAAAAAUAUUUAAUAAACUAAUAACGGAAACUUUACAACCAACAACAAAAAUAUCAAGAUUGGAUGAAGCUACAACAACAGGGAUGAAUGAAAGGAAUUUGCAGCCUUUGGGUAAUUCUACUUCUGUAAUAGAAACAUCAAAACAUAAAACAUCAGGCACUCCAAAGAUAUCAAAUUUGUCUACAACAUCGGCAUCUCCAAGCAAUAAAGAAUUUACAAACACACCAUUCACAACCGCUUCGACCCAUAAAGUAACAACACUUUCUAGUACUAAAUUGGAAGUUAAUGUAAAUAAUCUUUCUUCUGUUUAUCCAUCUGAACCUCUUCAAAACUCGCCUAAUUACCCCUCAACAACAAUCUCCAAAAGAACUACUCGAUCAACCAGAUCCUCACAAAAUUUUACAACAAUAACACCUUCCGGCAGUAAAGGCAAUUGGCGUUCUUCUAUUUCCCCGUUUCCGUGGUACUUUGUUGCUAUUGGCGGUUUCCUCUUUGCUUCAAUUAUUUUUAUUUUUGUUUUCAUGACUGUCAGAGGAUUUAGACAGAUAUUUACAAAAAGAACAACUCAGAAUUCAGCUUCAACAAUUGAAAAAAGCAACACAAGUGAAUCUAUGAUUCCAAUGAUAAAUCACAAAAAAAGAAAAACAAAUAAAAUUAUUAAAUCAAAAUUAAUAAAAACUGAAGGAGCAACAAAAAAUGAAACAAAAAGUCCUAAAACAAAAAAUAAAAAUGAAUCAGUAAAUUCUGAAUGUACUAUAAUGAAUGAGGAAGACAGUGAAAGAUUGGAAUUAAAAGAAGGAAAACAAAUUACAGUCAUUGACCCUCUAUUAAAUCAGUCAGAAUUACUUGCCCAUUUAUUUAUAUCACGUAAUUUAACCCUCAAAUUUGAAUUAUUACAAAAGAAUGGAACAGAAGCUAAUUUAUUUUCAAUCAGUGAAAGAGACAGUAACAAAUCUUUCCGUAUUUCUACAUCAACAACAAAGAAAACAAUACUUUUGGAAUUUAUAUCAAAUAUCGAUGCUGGGAGAGUUAAACGAUUAGAAAUUUUAAGUCAAUCUCUUGAGGAUUAUUCUAAUUUUCAUCUUUUCCAUAUAAUAUUUAACGGUCCAUGGCUGACAAUUGCAGAAGAUUGUAAACAAUUAAUUAAAAUACAAGAGGAUCUAAACGAUCAUUUAAUGUACGAAAUGCAAAUUGAUUCAUUAAUUACAACAAUUGGUGAAAAUUAUGGUGAAGGAAAGAUAAUAAAAAAUAAUGAAAAUAAUAAUUCACCGAACAUUGUUUUGAGGGAGUUUACAGCUGAUAUAGCCAUUCCGCUGGAGAUGCAAUGUCCAAAAUUACAAAUAAGAUCAGAGAGAGAUGAAAAAACAUCUGAAAUAAGUGAAAUCUAUCAGAAAAUGCAAGAAAUUAAUCUUAAAUUUUCACACAUUGAGCAACAAAUAUAUCAAAUAGAAAUGUAUCAACGUGGUUGUCCAAUUUUAGAUGCCAAUGGAAAAACAACAAUUAUAGCUUCGGGUUCUCUUAUUCAAAAUUACACAGAAUGUAGUGAAUGUCAGUGCGAUUAUGAAGGAAAUUUGUAUUGCAAGCCAAUGGGUUGUCUGUUUUUGAAUUGUGCUUAUCCAUUGACACCACUUCCUGGGCAAUGCUGCCCUCAAUGUGGAAAACGGUGCUUAUUCAAUGGACGCUUUUACGAAAGUGGAGAACACUUUUCGCCAAAGACUUGCACAUACUGUUCUUGUAAGGAUGGUAGAGUGGAAUGUUCUUUUAAAUUUCCCACUCAUUGCCCUCGACUUGAUUGUAGAGAUCAAGAAACACCUCCCGGUGAAUGUUGUCCAGUUUGCAGCAACAUUGAUCAUUGCAGAUUUAAAUCAUGUUCACCAAAUGCAACUUGCCAAUCUGGGAAGUACUCUGCUGUUUGUCGUUAUAUUGAUGAAUGUUUAAUGAAAGAUAAUACAAAUAUUGAAAAGAAAGGAGAGUGUGGAAGAGGCACUUUUUGUAUUAAUUUACCCGGAUCAUUUCUUUGUAAAUGUUUACCAGGAUUCAGUCCUAUAUUGGAUGAUAAAUCAGAAAAUUUGACGAAAAGUUGUUUUGAUUUAAAAAAGGCAUUUAAUUAA